UCUAGCCAUCCACUCAUAUCCUGGGAAAGGAAAAAUAAGGAAAAAGCCAAGAUUGAAAACAGACACAACCACUCUGGUGUUGAGAGUAGAAGAGGGAAGUACCCUUUUACAAGUCCUUUUAAAUUCAAUAGAACUUUUUUUGUCUAUAGAAAACAAGCUUUGCUUUUAAAUGUAGCUGUAGUUAGUUUUCUGUUCACGGCACUAAAAUGACAAUUUGUUCUAACUUCAUAUAAAAGUCUUCAUCAGCCUCUUUUCUUUUUCAUUUGGACUUGAAUUAGUGAAGCUUGCCAGUAUAUUGUCUCGUGACUACUUUUUCUUUUUGGUGUUUUGUUUUCGUUAUUUCGUAAGGAACAGAACACGUUUAUCAUAUAUAGAUUUAUGUUUCAAAGGUGUCAGCCAACAGAACGUUUUUUUUUUAUGAAAGGAGCUGUAUUCUCUGAAAAUACAUGACCUAUGUGACUGAAGACCAAUAGUUUAAUCUUGGCCUCUUCUGAUGUUUAUUUCAACUUUUAACAGCCUUUUAUUCUUCUAAAAGGUGAUUUUCAGUGCUGCAUCAGUGGCCACCCCUAUCCUUUCAUUUGAAUAAAUAAACAGAGUUCUGGUGCCUGUUUCAAGGGCUCAAGGGGCUAACCAGAUUACAGCAAUCAUCUCUGAAGAUUUGAGGAAUCUACCCCAGUUCUACAAAAGGAAGCUAAUUGAAAACUGCUACUCACACUUUCAAGGCAGUCGGACAGCAGUUCAUAUCCCUAAGAGAAAUCACCGUUGGACAAUGCUUUAAGUUUUUUUAAAAGUCUUUCUGAUACUAGAGUGACGUGUAUCCAAGAAGAGUUUCAAAAUGAAGUGGGGUUGGAUGACAGACUUCAAUUUAGCAGCUUUUGUCACAGCUCUCCUACAGCUGUGUCAAGGUGGUCAAGGCCUUAAAAUUUCACCAAGUGGCCCAGAGUUAGUCUUGAAGCAGAACUCUGACAUCACUCUGACGUGCUCAGGAUCAAGUGAGGUGAUCUGGAAACACAAUGACAAACAAAUUCAUUCUACAGUAAAGAAUGGGAUUUCAUCUAGUAAUCUUACACUACAAAAUGUAACAUGGAGACAAACUGGACUAUAUACAUGUUCUGAAUCCCCAUCAGCCUUCAAGGAGGAAAGCAUCUACAUUUAUGUACCAGAUCCAGAUGUGUGGUUCCUACCAUCUGACCUUAACCUUGUGAUGAAGGUAGGGGAGGAAGGCACCAUUCCCUGCUUUGUUACCAACCCCCAAAUAAAUGUCACCUUAUAUGAGAAGGCAAGUCAAAUUCCAAUCAGUGGAGUUUACAACCCUCAGGAGGGCUUCAAGGCAAAUUUGGGUGACAAUUCCUACGUCUGCAAGGGUACAUUGAAUGGUGAAGAGAGGGAAUCCCUUGCAUUUCAUGUGCACAGUCUUAAGGUACCAGACAUGAUAGAGGUCUUUAUCAAUGCCACAAAGACAGAGUUAAAGAAAGGUGAACCACUAAUUGUGAACUGCACAGUACGAGGAGUGGAGUUAGCUUACUUCACCUGGGACUACCCACGCAAAGCUGCGAAUCAAUUUAUAGAACCAAUAACCGACAUAAUUUCUGAUCUGGGGAUGGAAAUGCGAUCCAUUCUGAACAUAUCGAAUGCUACUCUUGAGGAUUCAGGAAGGUACCAUUGCAAUGUCAGUGAGAACGUAGGGGGGACAGAGAAAGAUGAUGAGAUCAUAAUUACGGUUCACGACCGGGGGUUUGUAAAGCUGAAUUCCACCAUCAGUAACAACCUAUUUGGAAAACUACAUGAAAGCAUUGAGCUCACUGUGCAAAUAGAAGCCUAUCCCAAACCUCAAGUGAGGUGGUUGAAGGAUAACAUCAGCCUGACAGGAGACUUAGAAGAAGUAUCUAUCGACUUCAGAAAAAUGGAAGAGACCAGAUAUGAGACCACUUUAACUUUGGUACGUAUUAGAACGGAGCAACGUGGACAUUAUACUGUUCACGUGUCUAAUGAAGAUGGUGCAGGGGAGCUAACCUUUGAACUCCAUGUGAAUGUGACCCCUCAUAUUGUGGACCUCUCUGACUACAUCCCAGUAGGAGGAGGACAUGCAGUGGUCUGUAAGGCUGAAGGUGUGCCAACCCCAAGGAUCCAAUGGUACAGCUGCGACAACAUCCACAAAUGCACCAACAGAAGUGAUCUGUGGACCCUUAUCGCUACAGGCUCUGAUAAUGUCAGCAUACAGACAAAUGUGAGCUAUAAUGAAACCCGUGGUGUUUACCUGACCAAGAGCAGGAUCGCCCUUCAGGACCUGCAGAAGAUCAUUUCUUUGCGCUGUGAGGCCAGGAGCGCAAUGGGGAGGAAAACGCGCGAUGUCAAGCUGCUUUCUCAUCUGCCUCAUGUGCUCUAUUCCCAGGUGGCAGUUUUAGCUACGGUCUUAGCUCUUGUGGUAAUAUUUAUAAUUUCCAUCAUUGUCCUGAUAGCAGUGUGGAAAAAGAAACCUCGCUAUGAAAUCCGUUGGAAGGUGAUUGAGUCAGUCAGCUCGGAUGGCCAUGAAUACAUCUAUGUAGACCCAAUGCACCUCCCUUAUGACUCAGCCUGGGAGGUACCAAGAGACAGCCUUGUCUUAGGGCGUACAUUGGGUUCUGGAGCAUUUGGCAGGGUUGUAGAAGGAACAGCCUAUGGCCUUGGUCAUUCCCAAUCCACCACUAAAGUGGCAGUAAAAAUGCUGAAAUCAACAGCAAGGAGAAGUGAGACUCAGGCGUUGAUGUCGGAGCUGAAAAUAAUGAGUCAUUUAGGUCCUCAUCUCAAUAUUGUGAAUCUGCUAGGAGCCUGCACAAAAAGAGGUCCUAUCUAUCUAAUUACAGAGUAUUGCCGCUAUGGAGACCUCGUAGACUACCUCCACAGAAAUAAACACACCUUCCUGCAGUACUAUGCAGAUAAAACUAGGAGAGAUGCUGAGAUGUGUAGAAAUAGCACAAUCGAGAGUCAAGGAAAAAGCUACGUAACAUUAACCAGUGAGAGUGAUGGAGGAUAUAUGGACAUGAGCAAGGAUGACUCUACAGAGUAUGUACCUAUGCAGGAACUGACAGACAACAUCAAAUAUGCAGAUAUUGAACCAUCUGUGUAUGAAACACCUUACCAGCAAGACAAUUACCAGACACAAGGUCAAGAGAGGAUUGACAGUGCCCCAGUGAUCAAUGAGUCACCUAUUCUGAGCUAUACAGACCUUGUGGGGUUCAGUUAUCAGGUGGCUAAAGGAAUGGACUUCCUUGCAUCUAAGAAUUGUGUUCAUCGCGACUUGGCAGCAAGGAACGUCUUGAUUUGUGAGGGGAAACUGGUGAAAAUCUGUGAUUUUGGAUUGGCACGAGACAUUAUGCACGACUCCAACUACAUCUCUAAAGGCAGCACUUUCCUGCCUUUAAAAUGGAUGGCACCAGAGAGCAUUUUUCACAAUCUCUACACCACACUGAGCGACGUCUGGUCUUAUGGAAUAUUACUGUGGGAAAUCUUCACUCUGGGGGGAACCCCAUAUCCUGACCUCCCUAUGAGUGAGCUCUUUUACAGCGCCCUCAAACGAGGCUACAGAAUGUCCAGACCUACUCAUGCAUCUGAAGAAGUUUACGAAAUUAUGAAAAAAUGCUGGGAGGAAAAAUAUGAAAAAAGACCAGAGUUCUCGUAUUUGGUUCACGCCAUGGGGAACAUGCUGAGCGACAGCUACAAGAAGAGGUAUAACCAGGUGAAUGAGAGCUUCUUCAAGAGUGAUCACCCUGCUGUUGCGCACACAAAGCCGAGAAUGCCAGGCAGCCAGGUGUCGCCUAUCACCUCGCCGGGGACAAGGCAAGACGCUGAAGGCGAGGAAGCCCUGGCCUCUGACAAUGAGUACAUCAUCCCCAUCCCGGACCCCAAACCAGAAGAGGCAUGUGAAGAAAGCAAUGACACAGAGGCAGAAAAUCCCCCAAGCACUGAAAACCUUAAAGAGGUCAGUCCAGCUUCUGGUUCCUUAGAAACAUCCAUCACAGAUCCAGAAGAAAUGGGCUCCAGUUCAUCUCCAGAGGAGGAAAAAACAGAGCCAGAAGUAGAGGAAAGUUUCCUGUAACCGACCCAAAGGUCCUCCAGCAACCUGCAUAUACUCACUCUCUGGUUUAAGAGUGAAUAUGGACCUACAGCCAAUGUCUGGAUACAGCUGGUGUAAAUCAAAACGCUUUCAACAACAUGCUUUAAAACAAAUUGCUUAGCAGAUAUGUGCAGGCAUCAGUAACAUCUAAGCAAUCAUUUCACGGACACUGUUUAGAUGCAAUAUAGUAUGAGAAUUGUAUUGUUGACGAAUUUCUUGACAAUAAUCACUGCUCCACAGCUGGAGCUCCAUAUAAAAAUACAGUUUUAGUAUACAACGUUAUCUGAAAUUGUCUGAAACAGUGGAUUUAUUGAAAUCUAUGUAAUUUCUACUGAGAUCUUUGUAAUCAUAAAAUAUCUGAUAAAACAACAAAAUGAAGAAAAACAAUCCUUGAUAUUUAAAGCAUGAUUUUCCUCCAGUUGUAUCUCUCACAGCUUCAGGUGUUGAGCAGUAAGGCUGUGUAGUUCUAAUCACUUUUAACCCCCAAUCCAUGAAAACUAAAUGCAAUCCAUAUACCAAAUAGUAUUAUAGUAUUAUAUUUUCAAUAGUAUUAUACCAAAUGUUACAAAUAGCACAGGAAAAAUGUAAAACAAACAUCUUAUCUUUUUCAUCAUUCAGAAAACAUUAUGAUGUUGAUACAAUCCUCUAGAGGAUCUAGGACAAAUAAUUAUAUAAAAUUAUGGUACGAGUCUUUGUUUUAGAAUUUUCUCUGUGAUUACAGUUAACUUUCAUUCAUUUCUAAGAUAUUUAUAUCAUCCAAAUUCUAAAAGCAUUUUUCUUUAGGUACUGGUAAUGUUAUGCCACUUUAUUAAAUGCUAUAUGAGGAGUCUAGUGAGAACAUUAUGUCUGACUCAAUGCUUCAUACAAACAAUAUAGGUUUGCUUUGAAAUUCAAAGUUUAUAAGUCUUACAUUAUUUCAACCUUUCAUUUAUUAGGGUCAACAAUCAAUCUAUGCUUUUAAAAGGUUCACAUACUGUUCACAUGCAUACACUUUGUUUUGCUGAAAGUUAAACAGUGGUUUAAUUUCCUGGUUUAAUUGAAAAUAUUCUGAUAAGAUGUCAGUAACACCCAAAUUGUUAAAUUGUAGUACAAUUAAGAUUUACUGCAACUGAAAAUGUACUCUUGCUGCGUAGCUGUAUCACUGCCCAGUAUUAAUAUAAAUAGAGUGUACACUUUAAAGUAUGGUAUCAGUUUUAUAUGUGUAAAUAUUUACUUUUUAUUUUAUGUAUAAAGGGAAUCAUUUUUAAUUACCAUGUUAUAUGAACAAUCCAUCAAUUUCUAGAAUCUUUAGAAUGUGUAAGCUAUAUAAAAGUACAUCAACCCCAACAUGAAGCAAUUAGCAAUUAUAGACUGUAUCCAAGACUCAUAUUGCACAAAGAAGAAAAGAUUAAAGUGAUUUUUGUAACAGAUUUGUACUGUAAUAAAUGCACUUCUAGAAGAGAAA